AUGGCUCAUCUUAAAGUCUGUUCGCCGCGGCCAAACGGUGACGUUUUUCGUGAAGAUCGACCCUGCCCUUCGCCGCCAUCCCCGUCAUUGCCGACCUCCAAUCCCGAUCCCUCCGCCGUCAGCCCCGAGUCUUGGGCCAGAGGCGAGGACGCAACCCGCAACAUAGUCUCAAAGAUUCAGCCCACUCUGGUGACCCACCAGGCGAGGAAGGAGGUUAUUCAAUAUGUACAGAGCCUCAUCACAUCUAACGUUGGAUGUCAGGUUUUUCCGUAUGGGUCAGUUCCAUUAAAAACAUAUCUUCCUGAUGGAGAUAUUGAUUUGACGGCAUUCAGCAGUGCAAACAUUGAGGAAAGCUUUGUAACUGAUGUUCAUGCUAUCCUGAAGGGAGAGGAGAAUAAUGAAGCUGCUCAGUAUCUUGUGAAGGAUGUCCAUUGCAUUGAUGCCGAGGUUAAGCUUGUGAAAUGCAUUGUACAAAAUAUAGUAGUAGAUAUAUCCUUCAACCAGUUAGGAGGACUUUGUACACUGCGCUUUCUUGAACAGGUUGAUCACUAUAUUGGCAAACAUCAUCUUUUCAAACGCAGCAUUAUUCUGAUAAAAGCCUGGUGCUACUAUGAGAGUCGUAUUCUUGGUGCUCAUCAUGGGUUGAUUUCAACAUAUGCUUUGGAAACAUUAAUCCUAUAUAUUUUCCAUAUUUUUCAUUCUUCUCUAGAUGGCCCUUUAACGGUCCUUUAUAGAUUUUUGGAUUACUUCAGCAAAUUUGAUUGGGAGAACUACUGUAUAAGUUUAAAUGGACCAGUAUGCAAAUCGUCCCUGCCUGAUAUAGUGGCUGAGGUUCCCGAAAAUGGGGGAGAUGAUCUACUGCUGAGCGAAGAAUUUAUUAGAAAUUGUGUGGAAAUGUUCUCUGUUCCAUCAAAGUUGUGUGAGACAAACUUGCGAUCUUUUCCCCUGAAGCAUCUUAAUAUAAUUGAUCCACUAAAAGAGAAUAACAACCUUGGGCGUAGUGUCAAUAGAGGUAGCUUCUAUCGGAUAUGCAGUGCUUUUAAAUAUGGAGCUCGCAAGCUUGGUUGGAUUCUUUCGUUACCAGGAGAAAGAAUAGCAAAUGAGCUGAACAAGUUUUUUGCAAACACUUUAGAUAGGCAUGGAAGCAACUGUCAGACUAAUGAUAAAAAUGAUGCCUUAUCUGGAGGUCUUGAAGCUCUGAACAUUUUGUUGGAGCUUGGUGGAGAUUUUGACAAUCACUGCUUGAACCUGCAAUAUGGUCCCUAUUUCCCUGGGUCUGCUACAUCACCUCCUUUAUUGCCAAGUCCUCCUUUGUCGCCUCAGCCAUGGAAAGAGAAUCAAUGGGGAGUUACCUCUGAAGCCGUUCAGUUCCACCAGAAUAUUAAUUCCCAAACUAACAUAAAUGGCAUUGCUUGGGGAGCACAUGCGUACCAUGCAAAUGAUUCCGCUUUAUCUGUUGCUGCUUUCAGAGGAGAGAAGAAGAAACCACGAGGGACAGGGACGUACAUCCCCAAUGCGUCUUUUCAGAGUUAUCGUCCCUAUAAGGAUAGGUUCUUGCCUGGAAGGGGAAGGAAACAGGCACCAGGAACGUGUUUUCCAUUGCAGAGACACGCUUUUAGUUAUGGCUUUGCUGCAGCCCCUCAAGAGUCAAUCUCACCGAGAGAAUACAACUGCCAGCUCUCAGAAGCAGAGUACCCAGUUCUAGGUCGUGGAAACUCUGCAAAAUCAGAUUACCAUCCACCUCACCUUUCAAUCUGGGAGUCUUUCCAUGACGUUGGUUUGUCCAACUUGCCAGAGAAACCUGAGUGUAGAUCCUUGUCCCCUCCAUCAUGGGAAUCACACAUUCCAGAAGUGGACGGUCAAUCAGAGUUAUUCAGAGCCAAUGAGGAGAGGAUUGAAGAGCAGUCGUACCAUCUGAAAAAUGAUGACGAUUUUCCCCCCCUCACCCCUCAAGUGCCUUUGAAGGAAGGAUUAUGCGUUGGAGAAUGA